AAGGACAGGAUGUAUUCUUAAAAUAGCAACACAAUCCCACCAGCGCUCGUCAUAACGUGCAGGAAGCAAGCACGGGAGGUCGUACACAGGCAGCAAUCGAAUUGAACACCAUAACAUCCACAAGUUAACAAUGGAAGUACAAAGCCAACCACAGAAUCCUGGCUCUGUUUCUGAAACAUGUGUAGUCAGUGACUGUGAGAGAGAAUUUCUGGAAAUUACUGACACUCAGGAAAUAGGUGAUCUCAAGGAACACAAAGAUUGUGGUGGUCCAGAAGAUCAAUCAACGUGUAGUGCAUGCGGGAAAACAUUUAUUAAAUCAGAAGACAUGAAAAGGCACAUGGCGAUUCACUGUGGAAUCAAGCCUCACCAGUGCACUGUUUGUAAGAAAACAUUAUCAGGUCAUCUGCAGAAACAUAUGCUGAUUCACACUGGAGUCACACGUUAUCAGUGUGUUGAAUGUGGUAAAAGGUUUAGAGGUUCAGGACAUCUGCAGGCACACAUGAGGAUUCACAGUGGAAUUAAGCCUUAUCCGUGCAUUGUGUGUGAGAAGACAUUUACACAAUCGGGUCAGCUGCAGUCACACAUGAGGAUUCACACUGGAAUCAAACCUUAUCAGUGUGUUGAAUGUGGGAAGGAAUUUACACGAUCAAAUUACCUGCAGAUACACUUGAGGAUUCACAGUGGAGUCAAGCCUAAUCAGUGUAAUAUAUGUGAGAAAACAUUGACACGAUUAAGUACUCUGAAGAAUCACAUCAGGAUUCACACUGGAAUCAAACCUUAUCAGUGUGUUGAAUGUGGGAAGGGAUUUACACGAUCAAAUACCCUGCAGAAACACAUGAGGAUUCACAGUGGAGACAAGCCUUAUCAGUGUAAUGUAUGUGAGAAAACAUUUGCACGAUCACGUACUCUGCAGGAACACAUGAUGAUUCACAGUGGACUCAGACCUUAUCAGUGUAAUGUAUGUGAGAAAACAUUUACACGAUCAGGUACUCUGAAGAAUCACAUGGCGAUUCACACUGGAAUCAGACCUUAUCAGUGUGUUGAAUGUGGAAAAGAAUUUACAGUAUCAAGUAACAUGAAGAAACACAUGAGGAUUCACAGUGGAGUCAAGCCCUAUCCGUGUAAUAUAUGUCAGAAAUCAUUUACACGAUCAGGUACUCUGGAGAGGCACAUGGCGAUUCACAGUGGACUCAGACCGUAUCAGUGUGUUGAAUGUGGGAAAGCAUUUAGACAUUCAUAUCACCUGAAGACACACAUGAUGAUUCACAGUGGAAUCAAGCAUCAUCAGUGUGUUGAAUGCGGGAAAACAUUUGCACAAUCAAGUAAUCUGCAGAAACACAUCAGAAUUCACAGUGAAGUCAAGCCUUAUCCGUGUAAUAUAUGUCAGAAAUCAUUUACACGAUCAGGUACCUUGGAGAGGCACAUGGCGAUUCACACUGGAAUGAGACCUCAUCAGUGUGUUGAAUGCGGGAAAGCAUUUGCACAAUCAGGUAACCUGAAGACACACAUGAUGAUUCACAGUGGAGUCAAGCCUUAUCAGUGUGUUGUGUGUGAUAAGUGGUUCACACACUCAAGUAGCCUGCAGAAACACAUGACCAUUCACAGUGCUAGCAAGCCGUAUCAGUGUGAUGUGUGUGGUAAAGCGUUUACAUACUCAAAUAGCCUGAAGCGACACCUGACCAUUCAUAGUGGAAGCAAGCCUUAGCAGUGUGUUCGAUGUGGGAAAAUAUUUUGACACUCAGGUACUCUGCAUACACAAGUGAUGAUUCACAAUGGAAUGAAACCUUUACGAGUGCAUUGUUUGUGAGAAAGGAUUGACACACUCAGGUAAUCUGCAGAAACACAAGGAUUCGCCGUGGAAUCCAACUUAUCAGUGUGUUCAAUGAAGCGAGGGAUGUAACAUCACACGUUUCAUAGUUCUGGAAUAAAGGUUUACAAAGUUCA